AUGUUCAGCCGCAUCGGAGGCCGAUGCCUCCCAUGCUGUCGCAGACGAGGCAUCCAGGUCUCAAUCCGAGUGCGCAAAUUCACAUCUAACCCGAGUGCGGCCGCCACUGCUGCGAGCCAUGCUGCUUCUUCUUCGUCGCCUCUCGGUGCUCUGACUGUCGAGCUGGACCGUAUUGCUCCACGGUUUGAAAUCCAGGCGGCGCAUAUAAAAAUCCUCGACUCUCCAGACUCAUUCUACCAAACCCUCAAGCAUAAAAUAAAACACGCGAAACGUCGUAUUUACCUUUCGACGCUUUACAUCGGGAAAAGCGAACGUGAACUUAUCAAUGUUAUUAGCGAAAGCCUACGCGAAAACCCUGACCUUACCGUCUCCAUUCUUACCGACUGUCUACGAGGAACUCGCGAAUCGCCUAAUGCGUCAUGCGCAUCCCUCCUGGCGUCACUGGUUGCAGAGCAUGGGCCGCAUCGAGUUGAGAUUAGAAUGUUCCACACCCCUAAUCUAGUAGGGUUAAGGAAACGACUUGUUCCAAAACGUAUCAAUGAAGGGUGGGGCUUACAGCACAUGAAACUAUAUGGCGUUGACGACGAGAUCAUACUUUCUGGCGCCAACCUCUCCAACGACUACUUCACGAAUCGGCUAGACAGAUACCAUGUUUUCACCUCAAAGCAACUAGCAGAUUACUAUGGCCGUAUACAUGAAGCAAUAUGCAACUUGAGCUUCCUAGUUGUUCCCAGUGAGAAGGAAAGGUCAGGCUAUACAUUGGAGUGGCCUGCGAGGAACAUAGCUCCCUCCCCGCUGGAAACUCCAGAAGAUUUUAUUUCCUCUGCUUCUACAAUCCUUCCAAAAUUGAUCAUACCAAUCGCUACCGACACCCCGACCUCGUCACUAUCAGAGGAGAAAGCCUACGUAUAUCCAGUGGCGCAGUUCACUCCUCUCUUAAAGCCGGAUGAAUCGACAGAAUUCCCUGCCGUCACUAGAAUUUUAAGAGCUCUCUCAACUAACCCAUUGUUAGAGAAUUCCAAAUGGCUUUUCACUGCAGGAUAUUUUAACAUUCACCCUACCCUGUCAUCUCUCCUGAUCGCUAGCACUUCUUCCUCGGCAUCCCCUCAGACUCAGGGUAUCGUGCUCACAGCCUCACCUUGGGCGAAUGGCUUUUACGGCUCUCCGGGAGUUUCAGGGAUGUUGCCGGCAGGAUACACAUAUCUCUCAGCAAAAUUCCUCGAUCGCGUCGCAGAAGCCCAAAAAACGAAUUCAAUUCAGCUGAAAGAAUGGCGGCGCGGCACAGUGGGUGAACCAAACGGCUGGACAUACCACGCAAAGGGUCUCUGGAUUACACUUCCGAACGAGAAAUUCCCAAGCUUAACAUUUGUGGGAAGCAGCAACUAUACGAAACGCAGCUAUGGUUUGGAUCUGGAAGUUGGGGCGGUUGUGGUGACGGAGAAUGAGAAGCUGAAGCGUAGACUUGGGGAAGAAGCAGAUUGGCUACAAAAUGAUGCGAAACCGGUGUCGAGAGAAGACUUUCGAAUGACAGAGAGGAGGGUUGGGUGGCAUGUCAGACUAGCUAUGUGGAUUGUUACUAUUGUUGGAGGAGCGAUGUGA